AAAAUGUAUUGCUGUGCAGGUGGCAUUUACUGUGAAUAUAUUAAUGGAGUUCAAUUUGAAAAAUUGAAAACGAAAUAUAAUAUCGAUGAAGAUAUAGUGGUGGAUUACACAUUGCAAGACAAAGUUCAUACUUCCACACACGAUUGGAUCGGAAUUUUUCCACGAGGGUGGACCAACCUUCAGCAAUAUCUAACCUUUGAAUACAUUGUUGUAGCACCGAAAUUAUUAUCGUCUUCUAAUCGUAGUAUCGUGUUUUUGCAUACUUUUCAUCGUGAGGCGUCGCCGAACAUCGAUUAUCAAUUCGUCUACGUGAGCAAAAAAGUAGUAAUCCUGGGUACCAGCUCUUAUUUCCGGUUCGUCGUGUCACCGUCCCUUCGUUCCCCCGAUCGAAAGCCCGACACCCCAGAAGUAAGUCGUAACAGCGAAUUCAUCGUUCACGAGGCUCAUCUACCGUCGAUCGUGUCACCUAGGCCAACCGAUACGGGAAAAAUCAUGACAAAGAGCAAAUCAAUCGACAGCUUUAUCGAAUUUCAUCGCAGCACUUGCGGCUUCUCGGCGGAUCAACCACGAAGAAUCUGUCGACAUUGCAACAAUUCAAGAUUCGAUUCGUCUUUCACUACGAAGAAGGUACAAUUUUUGUCGCUGCUUAAUGAACAUCUGAUGGCGCGAGUGGGACGAUUAGACCGUGAUUUGGAUUUAACGGAAGCGGCUCUGAAGACCGAGAAAAUGGCACGAACGGUGUUGUCGAAGAAGCUACAAGCUUAUCAAAGCUUCGUCGAGAAAAUGUUCAAGUGUUUGAACAGCACGGGGAUCGUGAACUUUAGAGACAACGCAGGGAAGGAGAUCACUGUAGAGAAAGUGAAGUCCAAAGAAUUAUCUUCGAUACGCGUUCAACAAGGCGACAAGUUUGUUCCAGUUCCAGAGGUUUCCAUGUUGCAUCGAUCUUCGGAGUGCAAGAAAUGCAACGACGAAGAAACUGCAGAGGCAAACAAAACCGUGGAAAUCCUUCAGGGAGUGAACUUAAUAUCCGAUGAAGCACUGAAAAAAGAAGAAAAUGUACCGUAUGAUUUCGACGAAGACAUAGAAAAAGUUCUCGAAGAUCUUUACAAACAACCAUCACUGGCCAUGGAAACAUCAAUCACUGCACCAAAAAUUCAGGAAGCUUCUGUGAACCACAGCGAUUUUUAUGCAACUAAAGAGGCCAAGAAAGCGAUAAACGAGGAAGAAGAUAACGAAGUCGAGGUAAAAGGAACGGAGAGCAACGUGGACGAUUGCCAUUCAAAUGAUUUCAAAAUAUUCGAUGACAAUCUAAAAUCUGAUGAAAAUAAUUUGCAGGAAUGGGUGCUCGAAGGUGAAUGCUGCUUGAAAAUAUCUAACAAGAUUCAUCAGAUGAUGGAUAACGUGGAGAUGAAUUUGGAAAACUGUCUGAAAAAUCAUGAGAAUCGCGAUGCAUCCUCGGGGAUGUCGGAAAAUAUGGAAACCGGGACCAAUCGAGAGAAAGUUCGAUCGAAAACGUUUACGGUUACAAUAAAAUGUAGAAAUGCUAAAUUUUCUACUAUCAAGUAAAAUUUGAUUCAGAUGUCUAAAAUUCAAAUCAUUAUCCAUAGAUUCUAAAAAAAAUACGUUUGCAUCACACUGAGUCAUAACAAAUACAGUGGAUGAA